AUGGCCAACCGCACCACUGCCGGAGGAAUCGGAUUCGCCGUCCGCCAGAAGGUUCGUUGAUUUCCAGUUUAAUGGCAAGGAAGGGUUGUCUGAUUGCAGCAAGACUCCAAGUUCAUCAAGGAGGAGGCGACUCUGCUGCUCGAAUGGAUCAAGAAGGCGUCCGGAGAGAACAUCUCCACUUCCGGAGAACGCGACAACUUCUACAACCUUCUCAAGGACGGAUCCCUUCUUUGCAAGUGAGUUUUCACGCGGACAUCUUCUCGCAGAACUUUGUGAUUCUCAGGCUCGCCAACGGAAUCGAGGCCGGCUCGGUCAAGAAGAUCCAGAAGCCGGUGUCGACGUUCGCGUGCAUGGAGAACAUCAACGCGUUCGUCGAGUUUGCCAAGAAGCAAGGAGUCCCGAACGAGGAGACGUUCCAGUCGGUCGAGCUCGUUGAAGGACGCGACCUCUUCUCCGUCUGCGUCACUCUUCUCUCGCUCGGCAGAGUCGUAAGUUGCCUGUUUUCUGGAAGCUGCCAGUACAGUAAUCGUGUGGUUUCAGCUCCAAAAGGCCGGAAAGCAGAACCCAUUCGCCUAA